CCUGCACUUCAUGGGCCUUUCACUCAUUCAGCCUCCUUGCAUACUUCUCACAUACUUAGCCCAGCCACACACAAAACACUUCUCACACACUCCAGCCUAUUUUUCUCUCUUAUACCACUCACGAACGGAGACACCACCGUCAUCACCUUGUGCACCGUUGUCUUCCACGGUUCCUACGGACCAGGUCUAAUGGGAAAGCGCAAAGCUGUUGCUCCACCUACCACUUCAUUCAAAAAGGGUGCUGAUAUUUAUACUGAGGCUCCUCUUGAAAAGGAGACACGCAUUGCUGCUGAUGUGCGUGCACUGCCCGAACACCAGGAAGCAAUGCAAUAUCUCACCACGCACUCUCUUGAGUACCUUUUGGAUCCUGACCCUAGUGAUCAGUUGCCCGUGUAUACAAAGGCAGUGCGAUCUUUUUACCGCACACUUACUGAAGUUCAGGGAGAGGAACACGAGAGUAUGACUGACGAUCCAAAGUCAUAUUCCGUAACUAUUGAGCAGCAAGUUAUUCAGUUCUCUACUACGGACUUAUGUGAGUUAAUCGGGUUUCCUCGGGAAUUUGUUCCCAAUACUGGGUUUGAGCGGUCCACGGUUCCAUUUAUGGCCGAUAUCAUUAUGGCUCUCACCACUGAGACAUAUUCUGGCCAGUGCUUUGUGACACGUUCCCAACUUCCAAAAUAUAUGAGACUUAUUGACACCGUUGUCAAGAAGAAUUUGAUUCCUAUAGGACAUGAUCAGGAACGGCGGGGUCCAUUUUUGGAGGUUUUAUAUGCUAUGCUUAAGAAUGAGUGGUUUGACGUUGGUGAAGUCUUUGUAGAACAAAUGCUUUUGGUUAAAAGCAGGUUGGAGAAUCAGUCAAAUCAAUUUCUUCUUUUCCCUCGCCUUAUUACUCGGUUGCUGCAGAAGCAUGAGAUUACUUUGCGAGAGAAGCUGGCUGUUGAUUUCCCUAUGGACACUUUCUCUAUGAGCUCAUGGAAUCUAAGCCGAUCACAUAUGGAUAGGAUUGCCUUGAGAAUGAGAGGUGUUUCCGGUUCUUCUCACGGGAGUUCUGGUGCACCUACUUUGAUUGAGCGAUUUGAGAUCUUGGGUACUGAACUCCGUACUGUUGCUGAGGAGCAGGCCAGCUUACGUGCUUAUGUCAUGAAUGGAUUUGAAGAUGUCCGGACAGAGUUGACACUGCUUAGAGCUAGCCAGGAGGCACUUAUAGUUUUCUUGGGGUGCCCACCACCCGAUGUUUCACCUCCACCAUGAUUACUCUCAGGUUGUGUUGUUCCCACUUUUGUGUGUUUCUUUGUCUUAUUUUAUUUUUUUUCUGCAUUGGGGACACUGCAAUAUCUAAGUGUGGGGGGGGUGAUUUUUGGGGUGACCUUCAGAGUGACUUUUGGAUCCAAGAUACGGUAUGUAUUAAUUGCUAUUUGCUUACCAUGGGCAUGUAUCAGAAUCUCUUAUGUUAGCAGUAUGUGGUUAUAAAAAAAA